AUGCCAUUUUCAAUAUCAGCAACCCCACGCAGCCUUGAUGUCAUCUUGACUUCUGACCAACAACGACAGCAGCAAUGUGCAACCUUAGCUCAAAGUGAUGAUACUAGAGAAUUCGAAGAUUCGUCCGAGAUUGCAGUACUAGAAAUCACUCUCGAGUCGUAUCGUCGACAUUUAAAAAAACAACGACAGACUGCAUUUACAAUGUCAACUGAACCUCCAAUAUACGAUGCUGAAUACGAUGACGAUACUGACAUGACAGACUUCGACUUCCUUGCAAAAAAAGAAUAUGAUGAAAUCAGCCAAGGAGUUACAUGCACCUGA